GAGGAGCGCGGCGGGAUGAGCUGGGCCCUGGGCGGCUGGCGGGCGCCGCGCCCCGCGCGCCUGCUGGGCCCCCGGAGAUGGCUCGCCGGGCGGCGGGGGCCCCGAGGGGGCGGCGAGCGCGGACGCGGAGGGCGGGGGGGCCAUCCCCUUCUCCGCCAGCAAGGCCAGCCCGCGGCUGUGGAGCGUCAGCCGGUCUAUGGGGAGCGACCACCAGAGGCCGUGGGUGAAGGUGCUGCCUCUCAGUCUGCUGUGCGGCGGGCUGCUGCUCUGCGUCGUCGUAGACCUAUACGAAGGCGUGAUGGGACUUUUAACUACAGUCCAGAUGUUUAUUGUACAAAAUAUGAUGAGACUACAGGAAUCUGCCCAGAUGGAGAUGAUUGCCCUUACCUGCAUCGAACGACAGGAGAUACAGAAAGGAAGUAUCAUCUCAGAUAUUACAAGACUGGAACAUGCAUUCAUGAAACAGAUGCCCGGGGUCACUGUGUGAAGAAUGGAAUUCACUGUGCCUUUGCUCAUGGGCCACAUGACAUUAGACCUCCAGUAUAUGAUAUAAGAGAACUUCAGGUGCAGGAAUCUUUCCAGAAUGGGCAGCUAGGAUGCGGUGAAGGUAUUCCAGAUCUGCACCAAGGGAUUUUAGCAAGUCAAGCAAUGAUUGAGAAGAUCCUUAGUGAAGAUCCAAGAUGGCAGGACACAAAUUUUGUAUUAGCUGGCUACAAGACAGAACAGUGUACCAAGCCACCCAGACUCUGCCGCCAGGGUUAUGCAUGUCCACACUAUCACAAUAGUCGAGACAGAAGACGAAAUCCCAGAAAAUUCAAAUACAGGUCCACUCCUUGCCCCAGUGUAAAACAUGCAGAUGAAUGGGGUGAACCUUCAAGGUGUGAAAGUGGGGAUAGCUGUCAGUAUUGUCAUUCUCGUACAGAGCAGCAGUUUCAUCCUGAGAUAUAUAAAUCUACAAAGUGCAAUGACAUGCGUCAGACAGGUUACUGCCCACGUGGUCCAUUUUGUGCAUUUGCACAUGUUGAAGAGGACACCAUGAAUGUAGUCAUACUGCAAACUGGUUGUCAAUCAAAGCCAGGCGCUCACCUGUUUUCAACAGACAGCAUAGGAAUUGCAAAUGAAUGGAGCAGCAGUCUUAACUCCACAAACAGCAUUACAAAUAACAGUGGGCAGUCUGGAAAUAUUUCCUGUUCUUCAAGUCCAACUGUAACAUCAACUUCUGGUAGCAGUAGUUCUUUGUCACCUCUGGGACCUCUUUGUAGACAGAGAUCAUUAGCAAAUGGUGUUCUGUGUUCUGAGUCUAGCACAUCAGGUGUUUCUUCACCAACAUCUAGCUAUCCAAAAGCACCAGGUUUUGAACGAGAAGAUCAGGCAAAGCAGCGAAUUUUCUCAGCUGAGAAUCAGCAGAAAACAAGUGAACAAGACAACAAGCAGAACCAUCUCGGUGUUUUUUCAGUGGUUAAUCCACUUGCUUCAAGUAUAACUUCCAGUCUGGCCUCCAGUGUCGGAUCAGAUUGUUCAUCUCCUCCAACUGUCUCAGCUGUCAGUGCCAAAGCUCUCCCAUUCCAUUCUGGUGGUAACACAAUUGAAUCAGUUAUAGGUUCUGCUUUAGAUUUACAUUUUAAAGAUGUGAAUGUUGCAUCCAUAAAUAGAGAAUGGGAAGAUCAAGAAGGCAGUGACGUUGGAUUAGCAAGUCAAAGAUUACUGGGAAGUUCAGCACCUGUCAGUAUUCCAGGUUCUCUUGUUCGUUCCUCAUCUUUACACUCAUCAUCAUCCCUUUCAACCUCUCCACUCAGUUCUCUUUCACAAUCGCUGUCGCAGUCUUUUGUUUCAUCCACUAUGGUUCCUCACCAACAGCAGCCCCAACCCUUGAAGUCAGAACACAGUAUGUUGGGCACCUCAGCCUCUUCUCACAACUCUUUAGGUUUAAAUGGUGUUACAGGGAGCGUCUGGGACUUCGUGGCUGGGAAUUUCUCUCCUAGUCCAUCCCCAGUAUUAAGCAUUGGCACUACUCUCUCAGUAAGUUCAAACACAAGUGGGAACGAACUAACUCGAGUUAGACAGGAACUUGAUGAGGCCAAGAGAAAACUAAAACAAUGGGAAGAAUCUUGGCAACAAGUAAAACAGGCAUGUGAUGCAUGGCAAAAAGAGGCUCAAGAAGCAAAAGAACGUGCUGAUGUUGCAGCUGCUGACAAGCAACUCGCUCUUCAGAAGAAGGAGGAAGUGGAAAAUAAAUUAAAAAAGCUGAAGGUGCAGUUAGCUGCCUGCCUAUCUACUACAUUACCUUACAUAAAAAACUCUGGAGACAUAGAAAAGAUAUCCUUGCCAAUGCUUCGUUCCUUACAAAGUCGGCUGCACUUAGAUUUAGGAACAAUAGAUGAGACUCUCCUCAUAUGUCAGAUGCUUCAGUCCCUUAGUCACCAUAGUGGCAUAAUGCUGUAUUCCAUCUUCUCUCAAAUCAAAAUUUAGGUUCUACCAAAAUGUAGGAUGUUCUUUUGCUGUCACAUGGACAGCAUUUCUCAGGGCUGUCAAAGCUUGGAAGUCUGAUGCCAGUCCUCUGACCAUAAUCAAGGAAGAUAAUAAUGACCAUGGACUGCUCCAGGCACAAAAAGCCUCAUUCCUACUUCAGACCGUCCUGGACCCAGCUUGGUUCCCCAUUGCUUUUUCCUCUGCAGUCUCUAAGGACAGUAACGCCAUACAUAAUGGCAAUUCUUGCUGUUUUGUUUGGACUGUGACAGGACUGUCCAGGCAAAAUAAAUAAAUAAAUAAAUCCUUGCACUACUGAAACAGUCUGCCGUACUCCAGUACCUGUUUACCUGUUUGAGUUCAGCAGUGUCUUCUCUGUCUCAGUGCACCUCCUGUACGAUGGCAUCUAUAUCAGCAUGAACUGGAGCCUUGAAAAAAAGCUAGGCUUUCCUUAGAAGACAUUGAAACAUAACUUAAGUCUUUGGCAAGAAAGCAAGUAGAUGAGACUUGAUAUUUACCAGGUUCCUACUACCAAGUAUGUUUGGAUUAAGGACCACUAUUGUUUUUCUCCUGAGGGAUUUUAAAUAGGAGCAAAAGAAUCCUGGAAUCUCUUUAUCUGAACAAAGUCAUUAGAUCCUGGAACGGAAGUCAUCUCAGCCAGGCUGGAGUGAUUAGAACCAUUACCAGCCUUUACAGUUCCUCAGUCUCUCAGGUUUCUUUCAGCACUGUGGUCUCUUCUCACCUAGCUCUUCCUUCCAGGAGAAAGUUGCUGUCUUAGGCAGUGUUACAGUGUUCUGGAUACUUCUCUUAAUCUGAGCACCUCUCUCCCAGGAAAUGAACAUGGCUUGUAGAUACCUUUAAAUAUUUCCUGUUCCUUAGUAAGGUUGAUAUGGUUUACUAUAUGGAGACACUUAUUUGCAGUUGUAACAUCCUCCCCUCCCCAAAGUCCGUAUCAGUAGCUUUAUUCAAAGUAUAUUACAUUUGUGAAUUCCAUUUUGUCUUCACACAACCAUUUCUCACAGCCUAAGAAAAUGUAGUAGUGGUUUAAAAUGUCAAAAUAGGGAAGUAUGUGAUAAUGAAAAAGGAUACUUCCUCUCUUUUUUUUUUUUUCUUGGUUUGCAUCAGUCAUCCCAGUCAUGCAGGAAAACUGCAGUCCGGAGGUGCUAACUUAGACGUUUUCCAUUCUAAAUGCACAUGUACUCUUCUAGCUGCUACUCUAAAUGUUGUGCAUGCUCUGAUCUCACGACCUGCAACUCAGCUAUUCAUCAUACAAGAACAUUGUCCUUUGUGUUGCUACAACAGAAAUUUAUCAAGGACAGCUAAGCAUAAAAUUGCUAGAACGUGACUGUAUAGUUUGGAUUCAUUUUCACUGAGUGCAGUAAUCAUCUUACAGGUGAUUUUUCAGCUUCAGUCAAAGAAGUGUAUAGUAUGUCGAGAAGGUGAUCGUAGCAUUAUCCUGAAUCCAUGUCAACAUUACAUACUUUGUGACCACUGUGCAGCUAGACAAGAAGAAUGUCCCUGUUGCAAGAAAUCAAAAAAUCCACGGUAACAUACAGGCAUGGUACUUAUAUCAUGUUUAUGAAUUAAAAAUAUUUUAUGUGUUUGUAUUUUGUAUAGGAAUUAUAUAAAUCACUGAUAAUUAAUCAACUUAAUAGUGCUAGGUAAAUUUUGAUUUUGUUGUAAGAAACCUAGUUGCUUUGCUUGCUCACCUUUACAUCUCAAUUUCAGCCAUUCAAUGAUUUUUUAUUAGUCUUGAGGUUCUUUCGUUCCUGCCCAGUUCCAUCCCAGUCUUUUCCCAUCCACUUACAUUCUUAGUGCACAGUCUACUUAGCUUCAUUUGCACUGUGAUCACUUUGUAUAAAUUUUACCAUAAUGCAUGAAUGAAAGUAUUUAUACCUGUUAUUUUCCUUAACAGAAGAUAGAUACAUAGAUACAGUAGCUACACACUAAACAGUACAAAUGGUACCUUUGCCAUGUCUGUUGUGUAUGGUAUGCCAGAGACAGUAUUUUGGAAUUGGUCUAACAGUAUGUUUACUUGGUUGUUUGAAAAACUAUGAAUAAUAUAAAUGCACUUUUUAAUUGUUGUUUUUUGUUAGAGGAUACGUUGUAAAUUGCUUCAAGCUGCUUUCUAGGUCUUAAGUUUAUUUUUAAUACACAAUAAUAUGAUGCUUUAUAUAUGUGUACUGUGAAUUUUAAAUAUUUCAGAUGGUUUUACUGUUAAAUCAUAAUAUGAUUAAAUAGAAGUGAGAUCUUACCUAGUUUUUUUACAAUUUAUAAGUUAAUUGCAUACUACAGUAUUUAUAAAUGUACCAGUGGAAAGAAAAACAGUGAGGCACAUAUGCUUUCAUAUUCAAAGGCAUGUUUUACAUUUUGUGAAACAGAUCAGUUUUAGUAAACAACUGUGCAUUUGCAUUCCUCUCUUUGUUUGGACGUUUGUAGUCUUAAAUUUUUUGUAUAUUACCUAACUUGUGUGGUACUUAAUGGGAACCCAUAUGAUAUAUACAAUAACUUUUACAAAGUGCCUAUGCAAAUGCCGUAUAAAAUAGCAGAAGACAUAAAAAGAGAAUUUUGCAAAUAAUUUCUAUUGCAUAAUUUUGUAUCAUACAAUUUGAUGAUAAUUAGAAUAUGUCUCUUGCUUUUAUAAAUAUUUAAAAAUACGCUUUUUCAACAAUGAGGUAACACAUUUGCAAGGAACUACAGAAUUACUUAAGUAUGUAAUCAGGCAGCGGCACUCUUGACACAGCGAUUCUUUUAAAAGGGUGGUAAUAUACUUAUUUCAUCCUGGUUGUUGGGAACAUUCAAUUCAGGAGAAGUUAGUCAAUUACUGUAUGUCAACACUAUCUACUUUUCUUACAAGGAAUAAUUGCCUGUGUUAUUCUUUCUUUUGUUUAAUACAGGUGUGACACUAGUACAGCUUACAUUGAAAUGACCUACUACUGUGUUACAUGAUUUGUAUCUCCGUAUUAUUGCAUUCAGUAUAGGAAUUGAGUUCAUAGGCAGUAAAGAGUUUAUCUAUUUAAAGUUAAUUUAUGCUGAAACAAACAAACAAAAACCAAGAUGUAUACUAAAAUUACUGUUGAAAUAGAUAAAGCUUUUUGAAUUCUGUCAAUAUUAAAUAUAGGACCCAAGCCAAAGGUACUUAAAUUAUUGUAUCCUGACUGGGUUUUGUGGUCUUUGUAUGAAGGCUUGAGUUAGCAAAAAACAAUCAUUACAUAUUUCUGUGAUAACUAAAUGUACAGACUCAUUGCUGCUUUUGUAAGACAUGCCAGCCUGCAAGAACGUUACAGACCUUCCAGGAAGGGAGAAGAAGGAUAAAAUAUUAAAUAUAUGUCUGCUUAUUCCUUUUUUAAAAUUUUGUUUGAAGAUCAUAGUAGUCCAUUUUAAAUAAACAUCAAAUUUGGAUUUAAAAUGUGAUUUUGCUGACUUUCACACAGUUACUCAAAAAUAUUUGUAUUGAGAAAAGUAUAAAAUUAGACUAUAUUGGCAUUUUCAAACACACUUUUGUGCCCUAAUUGUGUCCUAAAAUAAGAUGCCGCUCUGUUUUAAAGGUUUAACCAGUUUUGGACAUUC